CUUUCCCUCUCUGAGGGUGGAGUGGUUGGUGCUUCAGGGUGGCCUGGCAAUAGGGGGGGCGCAAGCGGCAGAGAGAUGGGGGGCGGAGGAGUGUUCCGUUUCUCCUCCAUGGCCUCCUCUCCUCGGCUUCUCGUCCUGCUCCUCGCGUGGCUGUGUUGCGCGGCGGCGGAGGCGGCGGACACGAUUCAGCAGGGGAAGUCGCUGUCGGCGGCGGAGACGCUGGUGUCCACGCCGGAGGGGGUGUUCGAGGUGGGCUUCUUCCCGCCGGACCCCAAGCAGCCCUCCCGGCUCUACCUCGGCAUCUGGUACCGCGGCAUCGUGCCGAGGACCGUCGUCUGGGUCGCCAACCGCGCCGCGCCCGCCACCUCGGCGGCGCCGUCGCUCACGCUCACGGAAACCGGCGAGCUCCAGGUCCUCGACGGCACUGCGGCCAAUGGGACGGCCGCGCCGUCGCUGCUCUGGUCCUCCAACACCUCGCGGGCCGCGCCGCGCGGGGGCUACUACGCGUCUAUCCAGGACUCCGGCAGCCUCCAGGUCCGCAGCGACGACGGGACGCUGUCGUGGGACAGCUUCUGGCACCCGACGGACACCAUCCUGUCCGGGAUGCAAAUCGCCGUGCGGGCGCCGGGGCCGCCCGGGAGGGGGGGCACCAAUGAGCGGAUGCUGUUCACGUCGUGGGCCAGCGAGACGGACCCGGCGCCGGGGCGCUACGCGCUCGGGCUCGACCCGGCAGGUUCCGGCCAGGCAUACAUCUGGAGAGACGGCAAUGACAUCUAUUGGAGAUCAGGGCAAUGGACUGGGGUGAAUUUUAUUGGCAUUCCAUGGAGGCCACUCUACCUGAGUGGGUUCUCAAUGUCAAAUGAUCGAGACUUAGGACUACACUACACAUACACUGCAACAAACACAUCUCUGCAGAGGUUUGUUCUUCAGCCAAAUGGUACAGACAUCUGCUACAUGGUUAAGAAGUCAUCACAAGAGUGGGAGACUGUCUGGUUCCAACCAUCAAAUGAGUGUGAAUACUAUGCUGCAUGUGGUCCAAAUGCGAAAUGUACCGUGGGGCAAGAUGGCAAGGCAAAAUGCACCUGCCUGAAAGGUUUUCAGCCGAAGUUGUGGGACCAGUGGAAUGCAGGAAACUGGAGUGAAGGCUGCACCAGGAACCCACCUCUCGGUUGCCAGGUCAACCAACCUGGGGAUGGAUUUCUUCCUAUUGGAAAUAUAAAGUGGCCUGAUUUCUCAUAUUGGAUGUCUACAGUGGCGGAUGAGACAGGGUGCAAAAAUGCCUGCUUGAAUAACUGCUCAUGUGGCGCCUAUGUUCACACAACUACAACUGGGUGUCUAGUCUGGGGUGACAAACUAAUUGACAUCCAUGAGUUGCCGACUGGGGCAUAUACCCUAAACCUGAAACUUCCUGCUUCUGAGUUACCAGGAGUACAUCACACAGUUUGGAGAAUAGCCACGAUAGUAUCUGCUGUGGUUCUUUUUGUUUUGUUAGCUUGCCUUGUUCUGUGGUGGAGGCGUGGCAGAAAUAUUAAAGAUGCAGUGCAUAGAAGUUGGAGGUCAAGGCAGUCAUCUACCUGGUCCCAGCAGAAUAGUGCUAUGCUGGAUAUUUCUCAGUCUAUUCGUUUUGAUGAUGAAGUGGAGGAUGGAAAAAGCCAUGAACUCAAAGUAUACUCCCUGGACCGUCUAAAAGCUGCUACAUGUAAUUUUAAUGACUCCAACAAGCUUGGAGAAGGAGGAUUUGGUCCUGUCUAUAUGGGAACAUUGCCUGGGGGAGAAGAAGUAGCUGUGAAGAGGCUUUGUAGGAAUUCAGGUCAAGGCCUUGAAGAAUUCAAGAAUGAGGUCAUACUUAUUGCAAAGUUGCAGCACCGCAAUCUUGUAAGACUACUAGGAUGCUGCUUACAGAGAGAGGAGAAGAUCUUGGUGUAUGAGUACAUGCCUAACAAGAGUCUAGAUGCAUUCCUGUUCAAUCCUGAAAAGCAAGGGCUUCUAGACUGGAGCAAACGGUUUGAUAUAAUUGAAGGCAUCGCUAGAGGGCUGCUAUAUCUCCACCGGGACUCAAGGCUACGUAUUGUCCACCGUGAUCUCAAGGCCAGCAACAUCCUCCUGGACGCAGAUAUGAACCCCAAGAUAUCUGAUUUUGGGAUGGCGAGGAUGUUUGGCGGUGACCAGAACCAGUUCAAUACGAAUCGUGUCGUCGGCACAUUUGGCUACAUGUCUCCUGAAUACGCGAUGGAAGGCAUUUUCUCGGUGAAGUCUGACGUCUACAGCUUUGGAGUCCUGAUCUUGGAGAUCAUCACAGGAAAGAGGGCUGUGAGCUUCCACUACCAUCAGGACUCCCUGAACAUCGCGGGAUAUGCAUGGCGACAGUGGAACGAAGACAAGGCUACGGAGCUGAUCGAUCCGCUGAUACGAGCAUCGUGCUCAGUCCGGCAGGUCCUGAGAUGCAUCCACAUCGCGCUGCUGUGCGUGCAGGACCACGCCGACGAGCGCCCCGACAUCCCCACCGUAAUUAUCAUGCUGAGCAGCGACAGCUUGAGCCUCCCCAACCCGAGGCCGCCCACCCUGAUGCUCCGCGGCCGCGAGCUCGAGUCGAGCAAGUCGAGCGAGAACGAACGGAGCCACUCCAUUGGCACCGUGUCGAUGACGCAGCUGCAUGGGAGAUAGAAUAGCAGGAGCAAGAACUGAAACCAUGACACCUCUAUUUUUCUUUUUUUUUGGCCUUUCUGAUUGUUGAUAGUAUAUGCUGUUUGGUGUAGAUUAGCUUUUAUUUCUCCCUUUUUUUACGGUGGCGGAGGUGGAUUUAUAUGAAAAAUUGUAUUUACAUGACACGUAAAGUGGCAUUGGUGUGUCAUUGAGACCUGCGAAAUUGAAUCAAUGUACUGCUGAUUGCUGCUAUUUAAAUCAAA